AUGGAGACCAAUGUACUUUCAACUCGAGCUGUGCCCGAAAGCCACACUACAAUAAAUUUAGCCUAUAAAAUAAAAGAUAUUUUGCAAGAAUUUAAUCUGUUAAAUAAAGUAGACAUUUGCGUACACGAUAACGCUAGAAAUAUUGAACGGGCUGGAGAACUGAGUCCAGAGUGGGAAGACCUGUCAUGCUUUGGUAACACUUUACAAUUAGUGAUCAAACCCGCACUCGAUCUCCCAAAUAUAGCAAAAAUCAUCGGAAAGUGCAGGAAGCUUGUGGGCCAUUUUAAGCAUUCAACGACUCUUGCUGCAGAACUAUCCAAACGACAGAAACUUUUGGGGAUUCCCGUUCAAGAUUUGAUUCAGGACGUACCAACAAGAUGGAAUUCCGUUCAACAGAUGAUGCAGCGUUUGACUGAGCAAAGACGAGUCCUUACCGAUAUCAUGCUUGACGAUAAAGUCACUAAGAAGGAGUUUUCUCUACCUCUUUUAAAGGACCACGAAUGGGACCUUAUCGACCAAUUAUCUAUUUUCUUGAAGGACUUUGCAGAAGUCACAACUUACAUGAGUACAGAAACGCAUGUAUCCAUUUCUCAAAUCUAUCCUAUUGUUUGUGGGCUCCUCCGGCGGAUUGAUGAUAUUUCUGGGGACACGGAAAGUAACAACAUACACAGAGUUCGCGAAACUGUUAAAGAUGAGCUAAUGCGUCGCUACAAGCCUACAUGCAAGGAGACUGCCAAAUCGAUCACGAUAGUUACUUCUUUCCUAGACCCUCGAUACAAAAACUUGAAAUUCUUAUCUAAAGAUCAGAGAAAUAUUACGAAAACCGAAAUAGAGUCUCUCUUGGAUGACCUUCCCCUUCGUGACACCGCUAAAUCUGUAGAGCCACCAACAAAGAGGAUUCGACGGCCAAACGAAAGUAAAACGGAAAUAAAGAUUUUACUAUGA